CUAAUCAGACAUGAUCUCAAUUAUAGUUGUUUUCCCCAUGUCAUUAACAUCGCUGUGAAGACUGCACUCUCAAGAUUGGGCAAAGUUGAGCUUGAUGAGGGAGAUGAUGAUUACGCUGAUGCGCUUGCCAAAGAUCUUGUUGGCUGUGCACGAAAGCUUGUGAAUGCCUGUCGGGCAUCAGGCAAACAUCGUGAUGCCCUACGCGAUGCAAUUAUAAACAUUCAGAAGGUCCAAUCUGACAACAACGAGACUAGACAAAUGCGUGCCAUUGUUCUGUUGCGUGAUGUGGAUACUCGUUGGUCAUCUACAUUCUUAAUGAUUGACUGCCUUCUUGAGCUAUAUCCAGCUGUCAAAACGUUCGCCUCGCACAAUGGCAAUGCAGACCUUCAAGCUCUUCUAUUGUCACAGUUUGAUCUCGGAGUACUGGCAGACAUUCGACAAUUUCUAAAAGCGUUCCACCUUGUUCAAGAACUUGCCUCUGCACAAAAGACUCUGUCAUAA